CAAUUUAAAGCUCCAUUCAUUGCUUCUCUCUCUCUGUCGCAAAGCGCAAAGCUUCAACCCAUCACAAAAAGCAAUCUUAUCGACAGUACAAGUACCGAUGGACUUAAGACCGCCGUAAUGAAGCUCCCAAUCCGGUCAUUCGGUUCUCCUACUAUCAUCCCACGAUUACAACCUACAAUUGCCUAUCGUACCUACGCUACUCAUCAUAGCCAACCAACCAAUUCAGCUGCUUCAGCUGCUUCCAAGAGGAGAGCUGUAACGCCAUUCAACGACAAUGGAUUCGUACCUUGGAGUGAGCUCUCCGUCGGUGAGAAGGCGUCGCGUGCCACGCAGCAAACCUUCAACUUCGGCCUAGUCGUAGUUGGUUUGGUUUUGACGGGAGGUGUUGGCUAUUUCCUCUAUACGGACGUAUUCUCCCCUGAUAGUAAAACUGCCUACUUCAACCGAGCCGUCGACCGAAUCAAGAAGGAUCCGGAAUGCGUACGGCUGCUUGGCGAUAGUAAAAAAAUCAUAGCACACGGCGAAGAGACUAUGAAUAAGUGGCGCCGCGCCCGCCCGAUUUCGUCAACCCAGUAUAAGGAUGAACAAGGUAACCAGCAUCUAAUCAUGCACUUUUAUGUUGAAGGACCAUUAAAUAACGGUGUGGUGAAUGCGCAUCUAAUAAAAUAUGCCAACCGCGACGACUUUGAAUACAAGUACUUCUGUAUUGACAUCACGGGCCAUUCGAGGAUUUACCUAGAGAACGCCGAUUCUAAGCCUGCGGGUGAAGGGAAGAGGAAUUUCAAACUGUUCGGAGUGAACUGGAAAUAGGGUGUAUUGUAUAUAUCACCUCCCUUGUUAGCUUAACAGAUAUCGAAACGACCGUUCAAGUAAA